AUGGCAGACGGGUUGUGUACGGAUGAUCCGAUCGGAGAUGUAAUCGAAAAAACUGCAUCGAAUGCCUGUGACAAUGCCGUAUUAUGUGAGACAACUGACAGUAUAACAGAUUCUGGUGGUGAUAAAGUGAAAGACUUUUUGAUAAAGAGUGAGAGUGGUGAGAUUUUCAAUAAUUUGUGUGCUGGAGACGGAGCCAAACACGAAGGGAUUUUGGAGGAGGACUGUAGGAAAAAGAGAUGCGUGGAUAGAUACGACAGCUCUGAAUCUUCUGACAGUGGUGUAGCAGUCCUGAGCUGCACCGACUGCAGCGGAAGCAGUACGGCAUCAAGCGACAUCACCGAUCCCGGAUCACCGUUCAGCACAACUUCGAGUCAUUCAGAGGACUCUGGGUCUGGCUCACAACCAGCUAAAAUGCCACCGACACAAACUGCCCAUCAUCCACCUUGGCCUUGGACCGCUGACGAGGGACCCCCUUGUAAACGGUCACUUUUAGACAAAACUCUAACAACAGCUGCCUUUCCUAAAAACCUUAAAUCUGCCGAGGAACAACCUAAGAAGAAACCGACGGUCAGCGCUACGCCCUUCAUCACUAAAUCGAAUUUUGUUAAAAUCGUCCCUUCUAUACCUAGUCCAAAUGAUAAGUUAGUUAAGAAGGGCGAUACGCCUAGAAUGCAACAAGGGAAAAUCACGGAAUAUUUUAAGUCUCAAGUAAAAUCGAACGGUAUUAAAAAAGAGAUUUUGAACAUGGUUAAGAAAAACGUUACUCAAGUUACAAAAACGUUGGUUGAUCAACAAACACAGUUCAACAGUUUGAAAACACCGAGUCGCAAGGAGAUGAAGAAGCCCAUCAAGAAAUUAGUGCAAUCAAAGGUGAAAAAAGUAGCACCAGUCACAGUUCCUAGAAAAAUACUCCCGGCUCCAAGCAACAUGACAGACAAACUUACCAUCAGUGAUCAAUUGAAUAGUCUGGCUAAGUUCACUCCAACCGUAACUUUAACUGCAUUAAGUUUUCCUCCUAACUAUACGUAUCUUCACACCAAGGGACCGAAACCACCCGAGGCUCCGAUAUUCGUACCGCAAUACGCAACGAUUGCUAACGAUAAAUUACCUCUACCGAUAAUAAAUCGAACACCAUGUUUGAACGUGAUACAACCAGUGCAGAAACUUACUACAAUCAACAACUUCAAUUGUGUCAAAUUAAAUGCUACGGUAGUGCCUAUAGUUAAGGUGAACCCAAUGCCUUCUAGGUUAAACACGUCCGUAAAUCCUCCGGUACCGUCUAUGAACACAAGCCCGAACAUUGCGAACGUUAUGCCUUCGUCGAAUGUCCCGAAUCUAAGCGUCGAGACCGGCAUUCCCACGGUGCUAUCAGCGAAGCCGAAAAUAGCAGAGAAUGCCGUAUCUCCCAUCGUACCGCUGCUAUGCAAACAGCACAAAGAGCUAAACGUGACGAACACACCCCUAGAAAAUGUGCGUGACAACAAUUCACGGACUGAGGAGCCACAUAGGACAGAAAAGUGUACGCGAGAAGAGAUUUUCCGAGAUGACUUAAAGGAAACAUCUCCUACGCCUACUACAGACUCGGAUAGUGGUAUAUCCAUAUCAAACAAAGAGUGCUUAGAAGUGUUUAUUAGUGAAACAGUAGUAGUAGAGGAGCAGAAAUCGCCGAUUUUAUCGAAGCCGAAGACCAUCCGGUUUCCAUGUAAGCAGAUUGAGAAGGAAGAAGGGAAGUCUCAUCCACACUCCACAGAUGGUCAAUGUAGAUGGGCGGAAUGCAGUUCUUGCUUCGACACCAGUGGGGCCUUACUCGAACACCUACAGGUAAAACAUGUGAUAUCUCAAGCAACUCAAGAGCACUAUGUGUGCUUAUGGCUAGGCUGUAAAGUUCAUGGUAGGACUUCUUGCUCAAGAUCUUGGUUAGAAAGGCAUGUGUUGGCGCAUGCUGGGACGAAACCUUUCCGAUGCAUUGUCGAUGGAUGCGGCCAAAGAUUUAACUCACAGUUGACGUUGGAGAGGCAUGUCAACAGCCACUUCAAUUCGGACGGUAGCCCGAAUAAUAACUUGAAGAAAUCACCAGAGAACAACUGCAAGCUAUUCAAGAGAAACGGCAAACGGAUAAGGUUUAGAAGACAACCGUGGUCAGCACGGAUGUUCGAUUUUAUCGACGCUGGAGUAAUGGAGGGUCUUCAGUUCAAACUGCUGCUUCUAACUCAGAAGAGAACCUUAGGAAAAAUAAACGAACCGGGCAAUUCGGUGCAUCUGCAAAGCGAAAUUUUGGCGAGAAGGGUGGAAACUGACGGAUGUGUUAAAUUUCUUCUUAGAUGGCAUCCCACCGACAUCAUCGCCGACGAAUGGGUGUCAGAGAAAGAGUACAAACCGACGAGGGUAGUGUCGAUACCGCACUUGCAGCCAUCUUCAAAAACCGCCCUAAGCCCCUCGCUGUUCUCAAACGAAGUGCAACCUAGGCAGAAGCGUAGUCGUAAGCAGAUUUCCAAGCAAACGUGA